UGUCGAUGGUUAGGCACUAGCUUUGAAAGUUUGACUGGGAAAUAGAGGUACCCGUAACAGUGUCGCGGCUGGAGGGACAAAGAGGAAUGGGGCAUUCAGACCGAAUGAUAUGUUCGUUGACCAAGAUAUUGUGCAUGAUAAUAAACGCGUCGGCGAUUGAUAGUAGCUCAAAGAUGUGCAAUCGACUCGUAGUCCUCAGAGUGAAGCUAUAGAAUAGCUUGAGCUCUUACCUGCGGGUAGUUCUGAAAAACAGUCAUGCUGUUAGAAUAUCGCACAUUGAUGUUCGGAAUUGUAUCAUUGCUAGUAUUGUUUUUAAUCUUCGCGGAUAUUUCUGAAUUGGAGGAAGAAAUUGCGAACAUUGGAGGUUCAAGAAAAUUCUACUGGCCCAGCAGCAUACCCCAGCCCAACAGAAUUACAGCAGUGAAGAUUAAUGCAACACCAUUAGCCAGUGAGAGCAAGAAUACCAUCAGUAUUCUUCCUUCAAGCUGCAAUAAUACAACCAAGCUCUCUCUAGAUGACUGGACCUUCAACAAGACCCUUUCAAGAAUAAUCAGGAAAAACAUCUUGAAAUUCUUUGAUCCCGAGAGGGAUAUCUCCAUUCUGAAGGGCACUCUGAAGCCAGGAGAUGUCAUCCACUAUGUGUUCGACCGACAGAGCACUACAAACAUAUCAGAGAACCUAUACCACCUGCUCCCCACUGCGUCCCCCAUGAAGAACCAGCACCACCAUCGGUGUGCCAUCGUGGGGAAUUCUGGAAUCCUGCUGAACAGCAGCUGCGGCCCAGAGAUUGACUCUCAUGACUUUGUCAUCAGAUGUAACCUGGCCCCAGUGGAGGAGUUUGCUGGGGACGUAGGGCUGCACACCCACCUGGUCACCAUGAACCCCUCGGUUGUCCAGAGGGCCUUCCAGGACCUGGCUGAUGAGGACGGUAGGGAGCGGUUCCUGCGCAGGCUCAAGAGCCUCAGCGGCAGUGUCCUGUGGAUUCCGGCCUUCAUGGCCAAGGGUGGAGAGAAGCGUGUGGAGUGGGCUAUCCGACUCAUUCUCCUGCACACUGUGGAUGUGCGCACUGCAUUCCCCUCCCUGCGUCUGCUGCAUGCUGUCAGAGGGUAUUGGCUGACUAACAAUGUACAGAUUAAGAGGCCAACCACUGGUCUACUGAUGUAUACUAUGGCCACUCGUUUCUGUGAGGAGAUACACCUCUAUGGCUUCUGGCCUUUCGCUCGUGACCCACAUGGAAUACCAGUAAAGUACCACUACUACGACACUCUUACCUAUGAGUACACAUCCCACUCCAGUCCACACACCAUGCCACUAGAGUUCAGGACCCUGAACACUCUCCACAGGCAGGGGGCGCUGAGGCUCCACACUGGUGCUUGUGAAGCAAGAAGGGAACAGCAGAAAGCUCAACAAGGAGUGUCACCAUGAUGGUGUCCUCUCAGCUUUUGGGGAAAUUCCUCUCGUCUAACUGACCAUGUUCUUCGGUCUCAGAAGAAAGUGACUCUGAACAGCACUUUAGUGAAUCUGUGAAAAGUAGUUAUUACUGUGUGUAUAAUGUAACUUUUUAGCUUCAGAAAAUAUGUGCACAAAAGAUUGUUCCACUAUUGACAUUUCCUACAAAAUUGUGUUUAGGAGAGCUGUAAAGGCCACUCCAGUGUUGACAGAUCCGGAACUAGCAGUUGAUUGAUACCAAGUUGCAAAAAAUAGGUGCCUAUGAUAAAGGAAAACAGCUCACACCAUGCAGUUGUUGUUUUUUCUUCACCCGUUGACUUCUAGUUCCUGGUAAAAUCAUCAAACUCUUUCCUUUGGAAUACUGAUAUGAUAUACUCUCAAUAUAGUUCUCAAUUAAAUUAGUUUCAUUAGAUUGUUCUACUGCAUGUGAAAAGGCCUACAAGUUCCCAGUAACAGCCUCCAGUUCCUGACAUCCCAGUCUUAUACAUAGAUUACCUAUAAGAGGUGCACAGCACAUAUCAAGGUUCAUUUAACAACUGGAAUGUUAAUUUUACCAAUUUAUUGUUUAUAUACUAUUGGUCAAGAUUGAGCUAUAUAGCCAUUUCUGUAGUCAAAUUAACACUUAAAAAUUUGCUGUUUGUGUAAUUGUCUGAUCCUCUAAUUAUUUGAUCUAUUAUCAAACUUUACACUUCUCUUAAAGCCCAUAUAGAGAUUAGUUAAGAAACCAUACCAGGUGCUGCCGAAUAGUUGCCUUACUUGAGGACUCUGUAGGAGAGCCAAGGAUUCCAGUCAACCAGGAUAAA